CACAAUGUCAAUCCUACGGUAUACAGUUCGCAACAGGGUCCAGUACUACCCAGUCAAGACCAAGGCAUGGAAGGAUAUGAUGUACAAAAGGAUGCGCCUUGGGCCGUGGCCGCCUGAAGGCGCAUCACCCUUGCAUCCGAUCGAGCCUUGGGGCAAGCAGUUUUUCGUAUUCAACGCUAUGCAGGAUGGAAAGCCUGAAACCGUUUUGUGCGUCACUGACCAUCAGCGCAAGCCGCUGAUGUACCUGCGUCGUGAGGAUCUAGAGGCCAUAGCAAGUGCUUUCGAUAGUAUCAAGGACGCCCUGGCAAGAUUCGAGGAGUUGGAUGAGGAACCCGAUAUGCGCUAUGAAAUGCGGCGGCUAGAAGCACUUGAGGAUAACUAUGCCAUGCAAAGGAUGAAAACGGGUAGACAUAGCUCGCAUACAAUCAUGAGAGCUAGAUCACGCCCUAAGAAAUAAAUUAUCGCAUUAUGUCACAUUGGCCUGGCU